UUGGUGAAGAACAGCGCGUACUACAGCCGCUUCCAGACCAAGUACAAGCGCAGACAGCAGGGCAAGACCGACUACUAUGCCCGUAAGCGUCUGAUCACCCAGGCCAAGAACAAGUACGGUGCUCCCAAGUACCGUCUUGUGGUCCGCUUCACCAACCGCGACAUCAUCAUGCAGAUCGUCACCUCCGAGAUCUCUGGUGACAAGGUCUUCGUCGCCGCCUACUCCCACGAGCUCCCCGCCUACGGCAUCACCCACGGCCUGACCAACUGGGCCGCCGCCUACGCCACCGGUCUCCUGAUCGCCCGCCGCGCCCUCUCCAAGCUCGGCAUCGACAAGGACUUCGCUGGUGUCGAGGAGGCCACCGGCGAGUACACCCUCACCGAGGCCGUCGAGACCGACGACGGCGAGCGCCGCCCCUUCAAGGCCUUCCUCGACGUCGGCCUCCACCGCACCUCCACCGGUGCCCGUGUCUUCGGCGCCAUGAAGGGUGCCUCCGACGGCGGCAUCUUCGUCCCCCACUCCGAGAAGCGUUUCCCCGGUUACGACAUGGAGACCAAGGAGCUCGACGCCGACACCCUGAAGAACUACAUCUUCGGUGGCCACGUCGCCGAGUACAUGGAGACCCUCGCCGACGACGACGAGGAGCGCUUCAAGUCCCAGUUCCAGCAGUACGUCGACGACGACGUCGAGGCCGAGGGUCUCGAGGACCUCUACACCGAGGCCCACGCCUCCAUCCGUGAGGACCCCUGGAAGAAGCCCGAGGGCUCCAAGAAGACCAAGGAGGAGUGGAAGGCCGAGUCCAAGAAGUACAAGGUCGCCCGCCUCACCAAGGAGCAGAAGGAGCAGGCCGUCAAGGAGCGCAUUGCUGCUUACCGUGAGGAGUAA